GAUCAACCUCUAUAAAAGUGUGUCUUCCUUACCACGUGACAUUGGCGAAGUAAAUUGUACCCAAUUGGUACAGCAGCAAGCCAUAUAAUCAAAAAAAAAUUGAAAAUUGAAUUUGACAAUUGGGAUCACAGACAUUAUAUAGCAUUGUGCCGAAUGUGUCUCAAUAAAGAGGCAGGAUAUGCUAUUUUGUGCCACUAAAAUCGACGUUGCAACAUAUUCUGAAAAAGUUUUUACUGUGACUGGUAUUAAGGUACAAAUGAAUGACAUGCUACCCCAAAGUAUAUGUCAGAACUGCCUAAACAGUAUCAAUAGCUCAUUGAAUUUUAGAAAAAUGUGCAAGGAAGCUGAAACACAAUUAUUACUUAUGAAUAGUAAAUUUAAUAAUAAACAUAAUGUGAAGAUUAAAUUAGAGACAGACAGUAUAAAUACAACAGAAUUUAUAAAAAGCAACAAAAAUUUAAUCAAAUUGGAUCUGAAUAGAUCAAAUACAGAAUCUGGUAAAGUCAAAACUGAAAACACCAUUGUAAUUAAUGAUUCAUUAAUAAAUAUGGCAGUUGAAAAAAACUUCCAAAAAGAGCAAAUAACUAACAAAACAUUAAAUACAGAAUUAAAAAAUAACAAACAAAAUAGUCACUUGAUAAUCUCUGAUGAUUUUAAUGAUUUUAUAAUUAAAACUUUGAAUAACAACACUUCAAUUAAGAUGUUAAAUUCAGAAAAUAACGACAAAGAAAUAAAAACAGAAAUACACAAAAUAACUGAAUCAGAGAAUAUUGUAUCCAAUAACACUUUGUUAUCACUCAAUCCAGAUAUAAAUGAAAAACAAAACAAUAAGUUAAUAACAAAAAUCAACAGUAAUGAAAUAGAGAUAAAAACAGAAACAACUAAAAUAACAAUAACAACAAUAUGUGUUGAAGAGUAACUGAAUAGGCAUAUGGAGACAAUGCAUGAUUCAGGUUUUAUAUGCAGGUACUGUAAAUACAAUUUUGACAGCAAGGAGGAGUUAGUACAACACAUUGGCAAUUGUGCUGUCAAAAAGAAACGAAGGGCUUGUGCUUCUAGUCGCGAACUCCGGGAGUGUGAAGUUUGCCACAAGACGAUGCAAAAAGGCAGCCUGCGGCUCCACAACGCCAUCAAGCAUGCGGGACUGAGGCCUGUCUGUGAGCACUGCGGCAAGAGCUUCGGCAACAAGCUGCGUCUCCAAGAGCACCGGCGCGCCAAGCACGGCUACGAGAAAUUCCGCUGUACGCAUUGGGCAUAUUCCGCAUGGGGGUAUGUAGACUAUUGGAACCACGAGCGUCACCACCGCGGCGAGACGCCCUACGUCUGCGAGACGAGCGGCGCGCGCUUCCACGCCGCGCACUCGCUGGCGCAGCACCGGCAGUCGCACGCACGGGACAGGCGCUUCAAGUGCGACGCGUGCCCCGCCUCGUUCCGAGUCAACAGCGCACUGCACUCACACAAGCGCGCGCGUCACGGACACGAAGUGUUUGCGUGUGCGCUUUGCGCGCGCACGUUUGGCGCCAGGCACUACGUCGUGAAACAUAUGCGAGGCGUGCAUCGGCUCGCCGGGCCCGUCGCUACUGUGAAAGACAGCGAAUGAACCAAUAUAAUAAUAUACUAGCUUACCCCUAGCCUACCCCUACCCCUACCCUACUCCUACCUACCCCUACCAUACUUUUCUGGUUGAUUUUUUACACCUUGUGUCCGAAAAACCCAAAUAUCUUACGGAACCCUAUUUAUUUCCAAAAUAAAAUUUAGCCUAUGUUACUUGUGGAUAAUGUAGCUUUCGAGUGGUGAAAGAAUUUUUAAAAUCGGUCCAGUAGUUUUUGAGCCUAUUCAUUACAAUCAAACAAACAUACAAACAAAGUUUUAAUAUUAUUAUAGAUGUACAAAAACUACAAAUAUAUUGGUCUGUGGAUUGAAUACGAAGACUGUGAACUAUUUAUUUACUUAAACAAUACUCGGGAAGAAAUUACAGAUGCCCAAUUCGUCUUCCCAGGCUAUAAAUGCACUAUUAUAAUAAUAGAUACUACUUACUAACAAAAUUGCUGGAGAGACCCACAAAAAAAAACCUGCUUUCUGCAUCCACGGCCGUGGGUUCGAUUCCCACAACUGGAAAAUAUUUGUGUGAUGAGCAUGGGUGUUUUCCAGUGUCUGUGUGUAUUUAUACAUUAUAUAAGUAUUUAUAUGUAGUAUAUAAAUGUAUAUGAAUAUUAUAAUAUCAACUAUCUUAGCACCCAUAACACAAGCUACUCUGUAUGCUUACUUUGGGGCUAGAUAGUGAUGUGUAUUGUUUAAGUAUAUUUAUUAUUAAAAAAAAAAAAAUUACAAA